AUGAAGCUUCAGACAUCCGCUGUCGUCAAUAUCGUCGUGUUGGGCCUGAACGGGCUCGCGAACGCUGCAUGCGAUGGUUUUGACCUAGGCGUGACCGAGCCCCGAGACCUCGGGGGUGGCAUGGCACAGUACAAGAUAUAUGACAGCGGCUGUGCUUUGAGCCAGGACCUUUCACUCAACUCCACAACCGGGCACUGCGACUCCCAGUACUUUGUCUGCCGGCCACUUACAACGGAGAUCUAUGCGUAUGACGACCCCGUGACGGGGCUGGCAUAUACUUGCGAGGAUAACCCUGAAGGCGCUGAGACCUGCGAGGAGGAGGAAGUCAACCUUUGCUGCAACUUGGGCUACCCACCAGACUCAGACGACCCAAUCUACAAUUGA